UCAUCAACUCUGCCUGGAGUGGUUUAUGAUGCUCUAUCAAAUUGCAAGCUUGCGCUGAGAUUACCGUAGUUAUGAAUACUGGAACACCUUAUAUAGGGAGUAAAAUAAGCUUAAUAUCUAAAGCUCAGAUUCGCUAUGAGGGCAUCUUGUACACAAUUGAUACGGAUAAUUCUACAGUGGCCUUGGCAAAAGUGAGGUCCUUUGGUACUGAAGGGCGUCCCACUGAGAGGCCGGUUCCACCGAGAGACGAAGUUUAUGAAUACAUAAUCUUCCGUGGAAGUGAUAUAAAAGACAUCACAGUUUGUGAGCCUCCAAAACUUCUCCAUGGCUUACCUCAUGAUCCCGCCAUUGUUCAGUCUUCCCUUAGCAAUGCUUCAGCCGCUUACCAGCCUCAAGCAUCCUACAGUCCUUAUAGGAGCAUGAUACCACCCUACAGCCAGCUAGCUGCCAGCACUUUACUCAAUCAGCAGUAUGCAGCUGCUUUGAGUCUAGGGGCAGGUCUUCAUGGUCUCCCAGUGAGAAGAGCUCCUAUGGUAGAGCAAGCUGUGCAGACUUUGCCAGCUGAAAGCUCUGUGCAGAAGGUCCUGCCUUCUGCUCAGCAGCAAGACUAUGAACCUGCUGGUGCCGCUCAACACCAGGACCGCCCCCCAACCCAGAGGAGGGCUAAUAGUCAGAUGCAGCGUGACCUUCAAGGAUCUCAAGGGCAGAGCAAUGAGAACAUUCGAAGACCUCAGAGACGCCGGCAAGGAGCUAGACGACCUAGAAACCGUGGGAGGGGCCAGAUCAUUGUGGAAAGCUCAAAACCCAGCACUCUCCAGUUUGAGUCAGACUUUGAUUUUGAAACUGCAAAUGCCCAGUUCAACAAGGAUGAACUUGAAAAGGAGUUGCAAGACAAAGAGGCUGUCAAAGAAUCGGAGGAAAAAAUCGACUCUGGGGUUGACACUCAAAAUAGUGAAGGGACGGUGGAAGAGGACCCACUUGGGCCCAAGUGCUACUACAACAAAGCAAAAUGCUUCUAUGACAACAUUUCAUCAGAGUUGAAGUCCAGGAGAACCACUUGGGCAGAAGAGAGGAAGCUGAAUGUGGAGACAUUUGGAGUUCCUGGCAGGUUCCUUAGGGGUAGGGGGUUCCGUGGGGCCUUUAGGGGAAGGAGGGGACGAGGCAUAUCCCCACGAGGCCAGCCUGUGCAGAGAGUAGGCAGUGGAAGGCUGUAAAGGUUCCUUUUUGCCUAUCACCAGAGUGGGUGGCUGCCUAUGCCAACAAAUUAAAUUUUGGAUUUUUUUUUUUUUUUUGUGAGGGUGGGCUUCAGACACUUGAAGCUUAUUUUUGGAAGCCCCCCCCCACCCCCCAAGGGGAAACUUUUUUUUGUUUUGUAUGAUACUAUGGCUUUGUAGUUUGUAUGGUAUUUAAUGGGGGAAAAGGUCAGCUUUGUAAAGGUGUGUACUGAUCCUUUUCGUAUGUAUACAGAAUUAUGUAUGCAGUAUAAUUAUUUGCAAUGGAUUAAACCCAUAAAUCUUUC